AUGGGUGGUUUAAUCACUGGUGGAUUUGUUUCUGGUCAUGUUGCAGACGCUUUUGGGCGAAAAAGUACAUAUGUUUGUGCAUUACUCGCAAUUAUAUUACUGAACGCUGCUGCCGCUUUUUCACCCACUUGGGAAAUGUUUGCAGUAUUAAGAUUUUUUAUUGGUUUUGCAAGUGGAUUUACUACUUCCUUAAAUUUUACAUUUGUUAUUGAGUUUACACCACGACAAUCAAGAUCUAUGCUUAGAUUUCUACCAUGUAGAGAACUAUUUGGAAUGCUAUAUGCAUGUCUAUGUUGGUGGCUGCAUGAUUGGCGAUACAUCCAGAUAGGCAUUGCUCUCGCGGUUUUUCCAUUAUUUCUAGGAAUUAUUUGGUUUGUACCUGAAAGCUUUAGAUGGUUGGUGACACAUUGGAAAAUAAGGAAAGCAUACGAUGUGAUUAAAACAAUAGCAAGCAUGAAUAAUAAACAGCCACCAGAGUUUGACAAAUUCCACGAAGAAGUCAUACAAGUAAAAGAUUUGGUAUCUGAAGAGAAGAAAUACAGUGUUCUAGACUUAUUAGAUAAUCCUCGUCUUUUAAAGAUUACGCUUUUGCUAAUGGUUGCGUGGUUUAGCGGUGGAUACGGAACAUAUGGUAUUUUUUUUGGAGUUCAACAGCUUGGAGGAAAUAUUUACUUAAAGUUGAUACUCCUGAAUGCCAUUGGUUUAUUUCAAUUGACUGGAUGGUAUUUUGCUAAUUGUAUUGGAAGAAGAUGGACAACUUCAAUGUUUUAUAUUAUUGGUGGAUGCUCAGGAAUUAUCGUAGGCAUAUUACAAGCCUUAGAAUUAGAAAAUAAGGAAACAUUCAUAACAAUUUUUGCACUUCCCUCAAAAGCAUUUGUGACUGCUGGCUGGGUAUCUGUCAUGCUGAUAACGGCUGAAAUAUAUCCAACUGUAGUAAGAAACAUUGGUUCCGGUUUGCUGAAUGCCACGUCUGGAAUAGGGAUAAUGGUAGCGCCAAUUGUUAAUUUUGCUGUAGGUAGUUUAGAAAUAUUUAACUGA